AUGAACACCGCAUCCAACACCAGAUGCUCACUGCCCAACCUUGAAGUUGCUAGACUAAUGCUGUCAUUCCUCGCUCGGCAUCCGCCGCGGACACGGGUUGCUCACCUGAGCAAGAUUGAAUUUGAUAAUGGGCGAUCUGCCAUUCAGUUCAAGCCCCGUGGUGACCGAUAUCUUGUUGUCAAUUCUCUCCCCGCGGAUGAGCGUGAUCCCCCCCAGGCAGCAGACGGUCCGACUCCUCCAAACUGUGCUCUUGCCCCUCCACUUCACUGGCACUCUCAACAAGAGGAGAUCUUCCAUGUCCUCGACGGCGAUGCUCUCUUCUAUUUGAAUGGCAAGAGACAUAUCGCACAGCAAGGCGACGUGGUGACCAUUCCAAAGCAAGCUUUUCAUACCUUUCGAAACGCGAGCAAGACGCAUAGUUUGUUGAUUGAGUUCGUUCUACAGCCGGAGAACAAGGAUCGUGACGAAUGCUUUUUCAGUAAGAAUCCUUCCGUCCAUAUCAGCCCGGUAGAUGCUGAUAGAAAUGGCGAAGGAAAUACGCAAACUUAUCGCGAUGACUGCCGCAAGGCCGGGCUGCCGAGAAGUAUGUUCCAGGUUCUCAUGUUCAACCGUCGGGGCAACGUUGUCCUUGCUCUCCCUGGGCCGAAGUUCGUGGCGAGGCUCGCUGGACUUCUACUCAACUUCUUUGGGUCUGUAAUUGGAAAGCACCUCCUGGGUUACUCAGAUUCAUAUCCUGAAUAUUACAGCAAACGGCCUUAA